AUGCCGACGCACGACGAUCGCGCGGUGCGCAACGGAGGUGACGAUCAGGUGGCUGACACGUGCUUCCGGUUCCUCGUGCCGACGAAAGAACGGUUCCCCGAUUCAUCGCACGCGAAGGAUCGAGAAAGCAAGAUAGGCCGGAACUUUCCUGCCCUCGGAUUGCCGAUCGUCCCCCGGACCCAUUUUCGGCCCCACCGAACUCAACGGGCCCCGACCAACUCGGCCGCAGCUCCACCGAGUUCAGUCAGGGCCUCCGAACAAGCAUCCAGCCGUCAAGGAUCGGUCGUCAAGGCUCUUGGGACGUCCGGGACGCGUCAUCCGUCGAUCGUGCGCAGUCAGGACACUCGGAUGGACUCAAAUAUCGUCGGAUUUGAGCUUACAGAGUUGUGUCGCGCAUCGUCCUCCUGCAAGCAAUUCUCCAGAAUCCAGUCGCAGCCAGGCAUCGUGUCUCAGUGUGGAAAUACAUAAUUAUAUAGAAUUUACGGUAUAAGUUGUGUUAAAUCAAUGUUAAUCGCUGUAGCGAAGUGGGGUAUUAUAAUAAAUACAUUAUUUUAUG